AUGGAUAGGUUAAGAUUAUUUUUGAUUUUAGAAAUAAUAUAUGAUGAUGAUGAAGCUCUAUUAGUUUUAUUACUGAGAAAUAAAUAUUACUAUCUGAACAUAUCAUUAGCAUUAAAUUUAUUUAAUUUAAGACUGGAUUUACAAUUAAAUACAAAGCUAGAUUUCAAAAAAGACAAUUUUAGAAAUUAUAUAUGUAAAUUCAACAAUACCCAAAUCACUUUUGAUUGA